AUGAACUCCUCCGGCGUGAGCAUCUCCUUCACCAUCUACCGCUCGCUGGCGCCCUACAACGCGCUGGCGCUGGCGGCCUGCGUGCUGGUGCUGUACGUCUCAUGCCUGAGCCUGAACCUGCUGCUGGUGCUGGUGGUGUGGCUGACGCCGCGCCUCCACCGGCCCAUGUACCUGCUGCUGGCCAACCUGGGCGCGUGCGGCACGGUGGGCUGCUCCGCCGUGUGUCCCGGCGUACUGCGGCUGCUACUGCUCCCCGGGCACCGCAGCUCGCUGGCGGCCUGCCUGGCGCAGGUCUUCUUCACCAACCUGUACGGCAGCGGCGUCUUCUGCACGCUGGCUCUCAUGGCGCUGGACCGGUACGUGUCCAUCUGCAGGCCGCUGCACUACCAUGCCAUCAUGACGCUGGGCAGGGUCAAGCUGCUGCUGCUGCUGCUCUACCUGCUGCUGGGCUCCACCUCAGGCGUCCAGGUGCUGCUGGCCUGGCGCCUGCCUCUCUGCAGAUUCGCCGUGGACAAGUUGUUCUGCGACAGCUUGUCGGUGGCGCGACUCUCCUGCCGGCGGAGCCUGCUGGUCGGCGCCUUCGGCCUGAGCGCGGCGGCGUGCUUGGUGCUGCUGCCCUGCGUGCUGGUGCUGCUCUCCUACGUGCGCAUCAUGCUGGUGGUGGCGAGGACCUCCCCGGAGUCUCGGCGCAAGGCGCUCCGGACCUGCCUGCCGCACCUCCUCACCUUCUUCAACUUCUCCGUGGCCUCCUUCUUCGGCCUCAUCUACAGCCGCGUCAGCCAGCGGGUGCCGCUGUCGGCCAACGUCCUGGUCAGCGUCAACUUCCUGGUGCUGCCGCCGCUGCUGCACCCGCUGAUCUACGGCGUCAGGACGCGGGAGAUCCGCCGGAGCCUGGGCAGGACGCUGCGGCUCGGAGUGGCGCCGCCUUGA